CUGUUAUUAUGUAAGCGUGACGCCAUCCCGGCUCCCAGCGACGGCGUGGCGGCUGGCUUCCCGCUCGGAGAAACCAAAGGGACGUCGGUCCGUCAGCAGCGGUGGCGGGGAUGUCGCCGACCUCCGCGCUGGACCCCAGCCUCGUUGCCAUGGAGAAGCGGAUGCUGUGAGGAGCGGAGUCGGAGCAUCUGAUGAGUCAGACGCGGGGAGAUGAGAGGAAAGGAGACGGACGCGCGGCAGCGGCGGUCUGAUGGACGCUAGAGGAGAGAUUUAAAAAAAAGGAGAAGAUGAAGUUUAAGAAGUUCAUCACCAUCAUGCAGGCGGCCAUUGGGGUCGUUCCCCUGAACAAACGGGAGCUGAUGCCGCCCGGCAGGAAGCUGUGGCGACCCCCGGGGGACCAGGGUUGCUCUGACCAGACCAGUACUGACCUGCUCAAGUCCAGCCGCAAGUUCUGCUGGUCCAGAGAAGCCCAGUACUUGUAUCUUCGCCGCCUGUCGUCGAGGAGCUUCACCGCCAUCACCAUGAACCCGGUCAUGGAGCAGACGGUGUGGGAGCAGUACACCGUGACCCUGCAGAGGGAUUCCAAAAUGGGUUUUGGGAUCGCGGUUUCCGGAGGACGGGACAACCCGAACGAGGACACGGGCGAGACGUCCAUCGUGGUGUCGGACGUCCUGCAGGGCGGCCCGGCAGAGGGGCUGCUGUUUGAGAAGGACCGCGUGGUUCUGGUGAACAACACGCCCAUGGACGGAGCGCUGCACUCCUUCGCUGUUCAGACCCUCAGGAAAUGUGGCAAAACGGCCAAAAUCACGGUCAAGCGCGCCAAGAGGAUCCCGGUCAGUGUGGUGCCCCGCCCCGCCUCGCCUGAAGUCUUCAGCAAUGACAACUACAGCGACUACAACUACGACGCGGAGCGCCACAGCAUGAUCAGCGGCCGCGACAACAGCCUGGAGCGCCGCGGCUACAGCGACUCUGGCUACCAGACCCGCGACCGCGGCAGGAGCACCGAGCGCGACAUAAGCCCCGACCGGAGCUACCGGCGCGACGGCAGCAGGGGCCGCACGCUGGACCGCGACUACAGCCCGGACCGCCGCUUCCGCAGCGAGCGAACCUUGGAUCGCGAAUACAGCCCAGACCGCCGUUUCCGCAGCGAGCGAACGUUGGAUCGCGAAUACAGCCCGGACCGCCGAUACCGCAGCGAGCACACCCUCGACCGUGACUACAGCCCGGACCGGCGCUUGCGCAGCGACCGCGCCCUGACCCCGGAGCCGCGCUACGGCCGGGACGGCUACAGCCCUGGAAGAGGCCAGGGGCGCGAACCGAGCUUCGAACGCGGCCGGGACCGAGACCGGGACAAGAAGUACAACGAGCCGGUCCGGCGGGCGGCGAGCAGAGACCGCCUGGAUCGCUCGCCGUCGCCCCCUGUGGCUCCCAUCCCACUGCCCCGACCGGGCCGCGACCAGGAGCCGCUGGAGAAACCCGUCAACGUGCUGCUGCUGAAGAACCAUCCCAACGAAGAGUACGGCCUGCGCCUGGGCAGCCAGCUCUUCAUCAAGGAGAUGACGAGCAGCGGCCUGGCCGGCAGAGACGGGAACCUGCAGGAGGGAGACAUCAUCCUGAAGAUCAACGGCACGGUGACGGAGAACCUCUCCCUCGGCGACGCCGGGAAGCUGAUCGAGAAGUCUCGCGGCCGGCUGCAGCUGGUGGUUCAGCGCGACCGCCGCCAGAUCCUGAUCCGCAUCCCGCCGAUGGUGGACAGCGACUCGGAGCUCGAUGAUAUCUCAGAGAUCGAGUCGUACCGCUCUUACUCUCCACAGGAGCGAGGUCAUCCCUCUGACCUUUCCUCGCACUCAUCCAAUGAGAGGCUUCGAGACAAACCCAGAGACGAUCCUUCCAGCAGGAUGGCGAAAAUGGGUGCGAUGCCGACGCCUUUCAGAAAUCUGGACAGGCAUGAAGAUUCUUCUCCUUUGCCGCCAGAGAGGGACGAAACGCGAUCUGUGUCGCCGCCAGCAGCAGCAGCAGCAGUCGCCCCAAGAGUUCAGGUUCCUCCAAAAGUCCCACUGAAGCCGAGCUUGGAGGACCAGGAAGUCUACGGGCCGAACACGAUAAUGGUGCGCUUCAAGAAAGGCGACAGCGUUGGGCUGCGGCUAGCCGGAGGGAACGACGUUGGCAUCUUCAUCGCCGGCGUUCAGGAGGACAGUCCGGCCGAGCAGGAGGGUCUCCAGACCGGAGAUCAGAUUGUUAAGGUGAACAACGUUGACUUCAGAGGGAUGGUGCGUGAAGACGCCGUCCUCUUCCUGCUGGAGAUCCCAAAAGGAGAAGACGUGACCAUCCUGGCUCAAAGCAAACCCGAAGUGUAUGAAGAUGUUCUGGCGUCCGGACGCGGCGACUCGUUCUACAUCAGAACCCACUUUGAGUACGAGAAGGAGGCGCCGCAGAGCCUCCCGUUCGGCAGGGGGGAGAUCUUCAAGGUCAUCGACACGCUGUACGACGGCAAGCUGGGCCACUGGCUGGCCAUCCGCAUGGACCAGGACAACCAGUCGGCGGAAAUGAAGAAGGGAAUCAUCCCCAACAAGAGCAGAGCUGAACAAAUGGCCAACGUGCAGAACGCUGCCAGAGCGGCGUCAGGCAACGACAGAGGAGACUUCUGGAGGCUGAGAGGUCAAAGGGCGGGGAAGAAGAAAGACCUGCGGAAGAGCCGAGAGGACCUGACCACCGCGCCGGUCACCACCAAGUUCCCCGCGUACGAGAGAGUGGUGCUCCGAGAAGCCGGUUUCAGGAGGCCGGUGGUGAUAUUUGGGCCGAUUUCCGACGUAGUGAACGAGAAACUGGCCAACGACCUUCCCAACGAGUUUGUUAUUGCCAAAACUGAGCCCAAAGACGCUGGAAGUGAGAAAUCUUCUGGAGUGGUGAGACUGAACACCAUACGACAAAUCAUUGAGCAGGACCUCCACGCGCUGCUGGACGUCACUCCCAAAGCCGUGGACACCUUGAACUACACCCAGUGGUAUCCCAUCGUGGUGUUCCUGAACCCGGACAGCAAGCAGGGCGUGAAAACCAUGCGGAGCCGCCUGAUCCCCGGAUCCAACCGCAGCGCGCGGAAACUGUACGAACAGGCCGUCCGGCUGAAGAAGACCUGCUCCCACCUCUUCACCGCGACCAUCGACCUGAACUCGUCGAAUGACGCCUGGUACGGCAGCGUGAAGGAGUCGAUCCGGGAGCAGCAGGAGAAAGCGGUUUGGGUGUCCGAGGGGAAGAUGGACGGGUCAGAGGAGGACCUGGACCUGCAGGACGACCGCAUGUCCUACCUGUCGGCCAUGAGCGCCGACUACCUGAGCAUGGACAGCCGCCUGACCAGCGACUACGACGACACGGCGGACGAGGGCGGGGCUUACACCGACAACGAGCUGGACGAGACGCUGGACGACCCGACGCCCAUCUCCGCCAUCAGCCGCUCGUCGGAGCCCGUCCUGCCCGAGGAGCCGCGCCGCGCCAAGAGGCCCGGCAGCCGGGAGGUUCUGACCCGGGACCCCAGCCCGCCGCCUUCGUUUGUUCCAGAACCACCGAAGGUCCGCUCUCAGACCCGGACCGACUCGGUGCGAAGCUACGAGUCCCAGUCCAGCAGCACCAUCAGCAGCAUCGACGCGGCGGCCGCCAGCAGGCCGGCGCCCCCGCCGGUGGCCUGGAAGCCCAACAUCGCCCGCCUCCACCAGUCCUCAGAGGAGCAGGCGCCGGCCAACCAGCCGGAGGAGGAAGACCCCGCCAACAAGUCCUUCCUGGGAAAGAGAAUGGCCAAUCAGAUCAAGGCUUUUGAGAAGAUGGACCACCUGGCCCGAGCUCACCGUCUUCUGGAGCUGCAGGAGGCGGAAAACGCUCGAUUGGAAAUCGCCCAGAAGCAUCCAGACAUCUACGCCGUCCCAGUGAAGCUGCCAAAACCCAAUCUGAACCGCCCCCAGCCAAUCGGCUCCAACGCCGAGCCGCAGACGAUGUCCAGGCCCAUGUACUCGGAAACGAGAGGAAACGAGGACAACGAGGCGGAGUACCGCCGCCAGCUGGCGGAGCAGACCCGGAGGGGACACUACAACCCUCAGAAGUACAAGGACACCGAGCUGUGAGGCUCCCAACAGGAAGUGAGGUCGUUCGCCAGCUCCUGUCGCUCUCUGAACUUCUUUUUUCUCACAUUUCGGCUUCGAGUCCAGACUCUCUUGAAGCCGGCGGCGGAGGCGCCACAGAGGAAAUAUCGGUCCUGAUUUCCAGAGACGAAAUGUUGGGUUUGGGUUUGAAAGCCUCCAGUGUUUCACUGGCGAGUCGAAGGUUUCUGAAUCCCAUCCGUCACAAAUAUCAAGCAGAAGUCUUAACUUUAAUUUGUUUGUUUUUCCUCCAGGCAGCAGAUUAAAUGUUUUACAGCGGGUUUGGUUAAUAUUCAUCCAGAGUUUCUGAAGGUCUUUAAAAACCUUGCAGGAACCAGAAACGUUCCUGGAAGGUUUUUCUUCCAGUUAAUUUCACCAGAGCUGCUCUCUGGCUCUACAAGGUGAGAGAUUUAAUAAUCAUGUUUUAUUUCCAUCUAAAUAUCCCCACAGAAAACAUCAAAAAUCCUAAAACAGGAUUUUAUGAGAGAUUCUGAAACUAAUUAUUAUUUACUCACCAAACGACGCAUCAAUACUUUUUUUUUCAGUAAUAAAUAUAAAAUAAUUGAAUCCAGAUUCUAAAAAUGAAACAGAACGGGUCUAAAUUUACCCUGGAAACCAAACAAAGCCAUGAAACUAUUAUAUUGGUUAGUUUAGUUGUGAUUCUCUUCCUCUAAAAGCAACAUUUUACAAAAUUACAUUAAAAUAAAGUUUUCUCUCCCUGGAGCUUGGAGUGACUUUACCUAAGUUACAAAUUAUAACCGCUGUUUUUGUUUUUCAUUUUAUUGCUGAAAAUCAAAAAUUGUAUUUUUGCAGUUGGAACUUUUUUCCAGGUUUCUGCAGAUGAUUUAAAAUCUGUUUUAGUUGAACACGUCCACAAAAUUUUUUAUGACUUUGCUUCUCUUGUAAAUCAUAACUGCUGUGAAAUUGAGCUGCAAAGUGUUUUUAUUCACACUUUGACCUCAGCUGUUGACAGGGCGAAUAAAAUAAUCAUGUUUUUGCUGCUAGAAUCAUUUUCUGUCUGUUAAACUGGAAAAAAGCUCCCAGAGUCCAAAGAAACACUUCAGACCUUCAGAAAUUGUGGCAAAUUAUUGAUCGAAUUAUUCAGCUUAGAAAAUCUGGAUGCCUUGGCAGAAAUAAGGGAAAACUCAAGACUUUUGUACAGAACUAUUUAUGUAAUUUCAGCAUAUUUAAGUGUAGAAGAGUAAGUAAAAUGAUAAAAUAUUUACCGUCUCGUGUCACAAUUUAAGAAGAAACCAUUCCCUUAAAAAUAGAGUUUAAUAAACAAUCAGAGGAAAAGUUCAGGAAAAGUAAAGUACUUCUGCAGCGGCUUCUUUUUGAUUUCCAGAAUAAAACCCAGAUUUACUGGGGAAGAACGUUGCAUUCUGGGUAGCAGAAACUGCCGCGGUGCCUUUUUACUCCUGAUUCCAGCUGGGAAAUGAAGCUGCUGUCAAAUUCAGAGGCUGGAUGGAAAACCUGGAAGCAUUUCGGUUUUCCUGUUAAACACUAAAAACUUGAUCUUGAACAGUCAUUCCUACCACAGCUUGUUACAGCCGUUCUAGAUGGAAAGAAAAAAAGGAGUAAAUGUCGCCACAAACUCAGAAAGUUUGAGAAUAAACUCAGAAUAUUUAUAGAAAAUAACGAGAGAAUUUCUGAGCUUCAAGAUCAAAAAAUUUGCAAGGAGAAAACUCAGAAAUUGAGAAUUUUCUGGGAAAAUAUGUAAAAUUUCUGUUUGAAAAUUUGAACAGUAGCUGGAAACUUGUAAAUUUUGAAGUUUCAAAAGUCAGAUUUUUUUGUGGAAAUUUCUGAGCUCUAAAAGUCAAAAAGUUGAGAAAAAGUUCUGAAAUUUUCAUUCUCAUGUUGGUAAUUUUCUUGAAAAAACCUGAAAAUUUUGCUUUAAAACCCAGAAAACUUCCAAAAGUAAAAAUUUUUUUCUUCAGUUUUGAAACUCAGAAAUUUCCACCUUUUUUUUCUAGAAAAUUUCUGAGCUCAGUCUAAAACUUUCUACGUUUUUUUUGUCAGAAAUGAACUCCUGUUUUGUCCAGCUGAACUGGCCGAAACGCGACGCUGUAAAUUCCUGCUGUUACUGUUUUUACUGAUCUGAUUCUGCAGUGGAGGGAAAGUUGUUUCAUUUAUUCCUGGUUUCCUCUGGAGCCAAACGAACGACGAAUUUAAAAGGUUGUUUGGAGCCGAGACAAUCACCUUUUUACUGCUUCUAUUUUUCUACUGACCAUGUAAACCCACUAUAGUCUAAGUGUUUGUGCACAGGAGGGACGUGGCGACAAUCAUGACGUCUUUGUAGUUUGUGAUUUGUGGUUUUUGUAGUUGGUGAUCUCCUGAGUGUUUCACUGCUCACUCUUGGAAAAUUCAAAUGAAUAAAACAUUUUUUUUACACGUUC